CGCAUCGUCACUCCUAACUGCAUUCGAUCUUCAUCCAACGCACACACACAAAGAAUUGUUGAGGUGACCUUCUCAACUCUUUCAUUUUUUUUUUUUCUCCUAAUCCUCAACAAAGAACUCCAAUUCGAUCCCUUCAAAGUUUGUCCUAUCAUGAGUUUGACAUAUUUUUCACCCGUAACAAGGGUAUUACUUCCUACUAUUUUCGCCAACUUUUCCAUACAGAUUGUAGGAUGGGGCAUUUCAGCCGCACUCCAGACAGAAAAAAUUUAUGAUUUGACUGGUUCAACAUCCUUCCUUUUGUGUACAUUUUUGUCUUUGGCCAAGCCUUUUGCCAAAAAUGUGGUACAAAUAUUCCAUCCGCGUCAAAUCCUCGCCUCUGGGACAACCGUCAUUUGGGCAUCCUACCUUGGGCUCUUUUUGUUCAAUAGAGCCCUGGCGCAUGAUGAUAAGCGCUUCGAGAGAGUCAAGAAAACACCCAGUAUAUUUCUCACCUAUUGGCUUAUACAAAGCAUCUGGGUUGGGAUGACAGCAUUACCAGUAUACCUUACAAAUUCCAUCUCAAGCGAGUUUCAUCCUCAACUUGGAGUAAAGGAUUAUGUUGGGCUGAGCAUCUGGGCAUUCGGCUUCACCUUUGAAGUCAUUGCCAAUUAUCAAAAGCAGCAAUGGCGCAAGAACAUUGGCAAAGAUUACAAACACAGUUUCAUUUCCAGUGGGCUAUGGUCCUUGUCAAGACACCCCAAUUAUUUUGGCGAAUGCAUGUUAUGGUUUGGAAGCCACUUGCUCUGCUCCAGCGCCUUUUCUAUUGCUGUCCACAAACAAAUUAUGUCUCUGUGGAUCUCACGCCUCGCGAUGAUCAGCCCGAUCUUUGUCACUUUUCUGAUCACACGCGUUAGUGGAAUUCCUUUGCUUGAGCGUGAGAACGACAGACGUCUCAAGGACGUUGUCGCUUACUGGAAAUACAAAAAAGAAACAAGCAUGUUUGUUCCUACCUGGCGUCGCUCUACAGCCUUAUAA